AUGAAGAUAUUUUUCAUCCUGGCUAUCCUGCUCGUCCUGGGUGUUGUUAACGGUGAUACUCACGUGGAUGAUACCGAGAAGAUCUUUCCCGACAUGAUGAUGAAUAGGCAGGCCGAUGAUGGCGGUGACCACAAAUCCGACUUCGACCAGAAACAAGACUCGCCUAACAACCUUGGAGAGCCGUUUUCUUGUGCUGCGUUGGCUGCCACAAACCUUGUUGCUGAUUGCGGCAAUUGUUGGGAUGGUUACAUUUGA